AUGGAUGGACUCGACCAACAGCCUGGCGCCGACGCCAGCGGCCUGCGCGAACGCUUGCCUCAAAAGCCCGAAGUUCCAAUCAAAGCUUCAUCACCAGAAACCGCCCAAGAUGCCGUCCGGAAACUCAACGACGAUGAGCAAAAGCAGAACAAGGAAGAGAAGGAUCGUAAAACGUAUGGCAGGACACCAGACGGCACAGUCUUCACCGUCCCCCAUACCGAAGACAUGGUGUCCCAGCUCUUCGACCCUCGAGAACCCAAAAAUGCCUCCGACUUCGCCAUCACCGCCGUCCUAGGCGGCAUGUUCCUCCUCUUCUACCUCCUGCCUCCCAAAUGGCGGAUACCCAUCUUCGCCAUCAUCUUCAUCUUCUGGCGGAUAUGCUACAACGCCGGCAUCGGCUGGCUGCUACACAACCAAUCCCACCACAAACGUCUCGUUGCUUGGGCAAAGUCUUCCAAGAUCUUCGAGAACCCCGCGAAGGGUAAUCAACCCCGUCCGUGGCUGUGGAAAUUCCUCAAAUACGAGAUGGAGGUGAAGAUUCCCGAAAACUACAAGUUCGAGGACGCGCCGAUUGAGUACAACACCUGGCUCGUCUUUCGCCGGGUCUGCGACUUGAUUCUGAUGAGCGAUUUCAUUUCCUACUGCUUGUUCGCUACGGCAUGCGGUGGUCGGCCGGAUGGAGAGAAGAUUGGCAUGACCAUUGCCCGCUGGGUCGGUGGAUGGAUCCUCAUCCUCUUCAACCUCUGGGUUAAGCUGGACGCCCAUCGAGUCGUCAAAGACUUUGCCUGGUACUGGGGUGACUUUUUUUUCCUCAUCGAUCAGGAACUCACCUUUGACGGCGUGUUCGAGCUGGCUCCACAUCCCAUGUACUCUGUUGGCUAUGCAGGCUUCUACGGUAUCUCACUCCUGGCCGCAAGCUACAAGGUGUUGUUCAUCUCCAUCUUCGGCCAAGCUUUGCAACUCAUCUUCUUGACGCUCGUGGAGAGCCCGCACAUUGAGAGGACUUACAACGCGCCACCGCCGCAUCCCAAGCGCAGCGCGUCGAUUUCAGAGUCGGAGAAGACCGAGCCCCCUUCAGUCCUUCUCAGCCCAGUCACCAGCCCUUCGCAAGUCCCCGUUCAGGCAGCCAGCAGCUUGGAGAAACCAUCAGCAGUCCACAACCUUCUGGGUCUUCAGAACAUGGACCUACACCGUGUCACCGACGUCGCUGUGCUGGUGCUACAGUUUUACAUGUACACUUUGGCCUUGUUCACUCCGUCCACCGCGACCUGGCAAGCUCUGUUCGUUAUUUCUGCCACCGUCUGGCGGCUAUGGUAUUCCAUCGGCAUCGGGAUCAUCCUCAACCAGCAGUCCAACCACAAACGAUGGACCCGACACUUCCUCAAAUACGGCGACAGCACCGAAGAAGCUUGGCGACAGUGGAAAGGCAUCUACCACGUCAGCAUGACCAUGUGCUACACGAGUUUCAUCUGCGCCGCUUGGAAGAUGUACGGCUUGCCGGCCGACUGGAACUAUGGAAUGACGACUCUCCGACACGUCGUCGGCCUGGCAUUGAUUGCGCUCCAUUUCUGGACCAUCACUCAGAUCUACGAGUCGCUCGGCGAGUUUGGCUGGUUCUUCGGCGACUUUUUCUACAACGAAUCCCCCAAGCUUACGUACGGUGGAAUCUACCGCUUUCUCAACAACCCCGAGCGCACUAUCGGUCUUGCCGGCCUCUGGGGCGCCGCAUUGAUCACCUGGAGCAAAGCCAUCUUCUUCCUGGCGUUGCUCAGCCAUCUCCUGACCCUCUGCUUCAUCCAGUUCGUCGAGAGGCCGCACAUGCAGAAACUAUAUCGCCGGUCCAUCCGCGACACCUCUGGCGUCUCGCGCAACUUUGCCUCGAUCCUCCCCUCGCCCAUCCAGAAAUGGCAAGGCAGUGCGAACCAAGUGCUCGACGACGGCCUCGAUUUCGUGGAAGACUUUAUCGAAGCCGCGCGCCCCAAGCUCGCCAACGGGUUCAGCGAUUUCGUCAAGGAUUCGCGCACACUGUUCACGCAGUUCCCCACGCGCAUCAGAAUCAGCCGCAUAGCGCCGCACCUCGAAGGCUACGAUCCGAAGGAGUAUUCCAUCGAGGUUGACGCGUCGAAUCCCGCCAUCACAUUCGAGGACAGCGCUUCCAGUGGCCGCGAGGGCGAGGUGGGACAACUGCCGCAGAAGCGGAAGGAUAGUUUCCGCCGGCUGGUGGUGGAGUAUGGGGCGCCGAUCAAGGUGAAGUGGACUGCGCCGCUUAAUCACAGCCCUCGCGACUGGGUUGGCUUGUACAAAGUGGCGGAUAACGGAAGUCGCGAACUCACCAAGGUGACAUCGCAGGGAAGAUGGGCGGCAACUAAUAAGGGGAAUUCCACUUACGCGCAUGCGGAUGAUGGGAUCUUGAUCUCAGAUAUGAGAGUGUCUGGCCAAGGGCGCAAGGAUGGAGAGAAGAAGGACUACUUCUCAGGCGAGAUUGAAUUUGCCGGAGACAAGCUCUGGUGGACCUCCGGCGCCUUCGAGUUCCGCUACCACCACGACGGCCGCUACAACGUCAUGGCCAUCUCGCUCCCCUUUGAAAUCCAAAUCUCCCGCUUCGCCGAAGACGAGCAACAGCAAGCAGGCCCCAGCAGCAGUACCACCACCUCCGUCGACCAAACCCUCACCCUCCCCGAAACCCAACAAACCUCCAUCGCCACCGCCCUCCUCCCCGUCGUGCAAAACUGCUUCGACCGCGACCCGGACGUCGCGCCGCGCACCAUCGACGAGCACUUUGGCCCCACCCUUGAGCGCGAGGGCAAGUACGCGCGCCGCGUCGUGUAUGCCGUCAGCAGGAUGUUUGGGAUUGAUUUUGCGCCCGAGGUCGUCGGGGCGGAUGGGACGGUGAGGAAUCUUGCGUGGCGCGUUUGGAAUGCUAAGAGGGUGUUGGCGCCUUAUAGUAUGGAGAAUGGAGGUAGGCCGGGGACGCCGAAGGAGGGGUGA